CAUAAACCAAGUCCAAUAUGUAAAGAGCAUAGUGACAUUCCAACUGAAUGAAUGGGAUAUUGUAUACCAUGUGUACAUACAGAAGAGGCUUAACGUAAAUUCAUACCUGAUAUAUUGAAAUACGAAAAACACAACAUGGCCGAAAGCGGCAGUGCUGAAGCAGACGAUACGGGUUCAGGAGUGACGGAAAUUAAAUGGAGUGAGGACUUUACUGACUUAAACUCAUUUGAGAACGGCUCAGGCUUACCGAAGGUUGUUAAAUAUGAAGAAAUAUCACGAGGGGCAGGUGUGGGUGUGGGGACGUCCUUACCUCUAGGACUGAAGAUCUAUGCUGAACAACCGGUAUUGUUUUAUAGCCGCACGUGCAAACGGCACGUGAAGGCACGCACGAUAUAUCAUGACCGGGAGGGACCGUAUUAUGAGGUGGGACAGACGUUAGACAUUCCUGAUGAUUUUGAUGGCUGGUUUGAGAUUGUACCGCCAGACUUUGGCCGGGGACCAUUUUUCCGUACUAUCGGUCAGCUGGCAGAAGCGGGGUCACGGAAAUUCUUCACUCGCACUCACAUCCGUGCAAUACGUAUUGAGGAAGACGCUGAUCAGAAUACAGACGAAAAUGGUGAAACUAAAGGCGAAGGUGGAGGUCAAAGCUUCAAGGAGAGAAAGAUACCAGCCGGUUCCGUUUUGACGGUUAGCGGAACUUUUGCCGCGAAAUGGCAGACGACAGCUCAGACUGGUUUACUGAAAAGAAAAAGUAAAGAAUGGACAACUGUUGAAAUUAAUUAUUUAAAAUGCUUAGACAUAGAUGAUAAGGAGGUGCUUGUUCCUAUGUCAACACGCGGGAAAUUUAAUAUUAUUUACGAGAAAGGGGUAAAAGAUGGCCGCGCUAUCUAUAGGAUGAAAGACAUUUUGACGGACCUUCAUCUUCCGUUAAAAGUCAGAAUGAUUUACGGAAAAGCUCCUGUUGUGCCCUGCAUCUUCACGGGAAUGUUAAUUCUGAAGGAACAAAGAAAAGAAGAUACAAUUAUAGCAAGUACUAUUUUAAAUCAAAGAAAUGUAUUACUAGAACUUCCGGUUAGUACUAAGUGCAAUGUGAAAACAUCCACAGAUGAAGAUGACUACGAAAAUCUGCGGACUUACAUAGACGCGAAAAAGUUGUGCACAAAGUUUGCCAAUUCUUACGGAAGCUUGAUUAAAUUGACACCGGAAGUGGACACAAAUCAGCAAAUGAUUCAGCACAUUCCAACGGAAAAGAGAAAAACGCGCGAUGAAAGCCUGAAAACGCUUGAUUUGAUAACAAACAUCAGUCUCACUGAUGAUGAGCCAAGGGACUACUUUAUGGAGUCGUCUGAUUCAGACUCUAUACAAAGUGGCGAGGCCACGCCCCUAGGUCUCGGACAGAUGAUGGAAUUAAGGGAAAUAGUUCUGCCAAGGAACAGCCAGUCUAUAAGUAGUGCCUGAGAACAAAUCAAUCUAAUAUCAAAUUUAUUAUUUACUAUUUCGUCAAUAUAACAGCCCCAUUUGAUCAAAAAAAUACCAUUCAUACAGCCUCAUAAAUAUUGGAGCAAGGUUAAAUUUGAUGACAUUUCCACCUAUAUCUGUAUGUGGGCAUCUGUUACCUUAGACUAGCCACUAGACUGAUAAUAAAGAAUUUGUAACAAAAUUUAAGCUUUUGUAAUUUUUCUUUUAUUCUGUGUAAUAGUGACAAAUGCCAGUCAAUUUUAGUGAUUUUCUCAGGGAACUGACUGCAAUAUUAUUUUGAUAUUGGACAUAGAAUAUAGACUGGCUACAUUCACAGUUUUAAAAACAAAUAUUUAAAAAAUAAUAUAUCAUAGUCUAGGAGCUAGUCUACUGUUGCCUCUACUGCAGAGUGGUUAUGGCUGUUGACUUGAAAACAUUUUCUCCUCUCAUCCUUGUGGGGUUUCAUAAGGGAUGUAGAUUUAUUUCAAGUAAGAAAACUGGCUUAAGGAUGGUCGGUGCUGCCCCUGGCGGACAUAAUGUUCAGAUGAGCGCCUCUUUUCUUACUACACAUAUAAAAGCUAGAAAAUCGCCAUAAAAAUGUCAGUGUGACUCGCCACCCAACAAAACAAACAUGCAAAUGCAUCACCACCCGUUAGAAACUAGUUUGCAGUA